UCCGGCUUCAGUAUGAGUGAUAAAGACCUGCUGACUUCUCCUGACACGAACCCGAGCGACUCUCCGCUGCAGCAGCAGCAGCUCUCCCCCGCGGGCUUCAUCGCGCUCUCGGUCUCCCUGGGCUUGAUCAUGAUUUUCGGCUUUUUGAACAACUUCCUGGUGCUGCUGCUUUUCUGCAGGUUUAAGCAGCUCAGGACGCCGGUGCACGCGCUGCUGCUCAACAUCAGUGUGAGCGACAUGCUGGUGUGCGUCUGCGGCACGAGCCUCAGCUUCGCGUCCAGUGCGCGCGGCCGCUGGCUGCUGGGGCGCGCGGGCUGCAUGUGGUACGGCUUCAGCAACUCGUGCUUCGGUAUUGUGUCUCUAAUAUCCUUGGUGAUUUUGUCUUACGAGCGCUACAGCACAAUGACGGUAUAUAACAACCGGGGACCAAACUACACUAAACGCUUGCUGGCAGUUGGGGGCUCAUGGCUGUACUCUUUGAUUUGGACAGUGCCACCCCUACUGGGCUGGAGCAGUUAUGGCUUAGAGGGAGCUGGCACCAGUUGUUCAGUGUCAUGGACUGAUCACUCCCCUGAAUCCCGCGCCUAUGUUAUCUGCCUGUUCAUCUUCUGCCUGGGUCUGCCAGUGCUGGUGAUGGUGUACAGCUAUGGAAGGCUGCUAUACACUGUCAGACAGUUAGGGAAGAUUCAUAAGACAGCUCGAAGGAGAGAUUACCACCUGUUGAUUAUGAUCAUCACCACAGUGGUGUGUUAUCUGCUGUGUUGGACACCGUACAGUGUGGUGGCCAUAAUGGCCACGUUUGGCCAACCGGGAAUCAUUACACCUAUCGUGAGCGUAGUCCCCUCUCUACUUGCCAAGAGCAGCACCGUUAUCAACCCAAUUAUAUACAUCUUCAUGAACAAACAGUUCUACAGAUGUUUCCGGAUGCUGUUAGGCUAUAAGGAAAGUUCUGCGGUGUCAGUCGGCCACUCUUUAAUGGCCACCAAGAACACAGUGAUCCAGCUAGAAAGCAUCAUACACAGCAAACCGAUGUCCUGUACAGCCCAUGCGUCCCCUGUCCUGCAGGAACACAGGUCUGAUAUGGAGCAAAGCAGCACAACCUGAGUUUUGCGUUGGUGUUCCAUACCAUAGUUUCUGUGCUUGGUCUCUGCAUCUGUGACUCGGUCAAAGACUAGUUUCUAAAGAGUCUUUUUUUUUUUGUCAUAUUCUUUGUUUUAUGCAUUGAUGAUGGCGUUCCAGAAACUACUUUCCAACUUUACUCAACGUGGUCUCAUUUGAGUAUUUUGAGAGUAACUUUUAUUGCCCAGUGACUUUUCAAACACUAUGGUGUUUAGUGAAGAAUCAUUCCCUUGUGAUAAUAGACAGAAAUACAGUUUCUGUCCAUUUUCUGUGUUUUUAUAUCAUAAAAUGCAGAGGGAUGGUGCAUUUAUGGGCAACACAGUGAUGCAGUGAGUAGUGUCUCCACCUCACAAUGUCAGCAUCUGCGGGUCGAUCCUGAGUUCAGGUUACUGAGUUUCUGUGCAUGUGGGUUUCCUCCAGGUUCUCCGGUUUCCUCCCACUUCCCAAAAACGUGCCAGCAGGUGGACUGAUGUCUCUAAAUUGCCCCUAGGUGUGAAAAUGUGCAUAAUGUCCUGCGGUGUAUUCAGUGUGACACUGUAUUCCCAGUAUAGGCUCUGGAUCCACCAGGACCCUGAUCAGGAUAAAGUCAUAGCUGAAGAAGAAUGAAUGAGUGGUGCAUUUGUCCAGUGUUGUUUGAAUGUGACUAACUAAGGAAAGGUUCUGUAUUAGGACCUAAAUUAGCUAAUUUAACUGUAAUUAUUGAAAAUGAUAGUAUGAUAUGAUAGUAUAGUAAUAUUCUCUGAAAAUAAAAUUGCCU